AUGUCUCUCAAAAAUGAUGCUUUUCCCUCUUCCGAGGCCUUCGAUUCUAUCAAUGCUGCGCUCCAAUCCUCAGACGCCGAGCGAAAAGACGCUAUCAAGCAGGGAAAUGCUGUUUUCGCUUUCACAUUAAAGAAUAAGGAGGGAGCUACCGAAAGCUGGCAUAUUGAUCUGAAAGAGAAGGGAGAGGUUGGAAAGGGUCUCGGAACCAAGCCAAAUGUUACCCUCUCAUUAUCAGACGACGAGUUCGGUAAAUUGAUUGCCGGAAAGGCGAACGCACAACGCCUGUUCAUGUCGGGAAAGCUCAAGGUUAAGGGAGAUGUGAUGAAGGCUACGAAGAUGGAGCCCAUUUUAUCAAAGGCGAGGGCUGUCCAGGCGAAGCUAUAG